AGAAGGCUUGGGACGCCGCGGAGGGAUUCGCGGAGUCGGGAACACCCCACCGCAGGCUAGACCCGCAGGCGGGUAGUUAGGGGCUGGCCCGCCCUCUGCACGUGAAGGCUCCGUGGCUCUUAGGGCCCAUGAACUCAUGGUGGCUGUCAUCGCAGCCCCACUACCUUCGCGAAAGUACCCCAGAGUUAAAGGAGUCCUGGAUCUGGGACAGCGAUCCAACCCCCGCAGCCAUCUGGGACCCGCAUCCCCGCCCCGGCCCGUGACCCAUUGACCAGGUGACCCGAUUCCCAUCCCUCAGGCCAAGAUCAGGCCUCGAACUCAGAGAUUCACUGCUUCCUGUGCGCCGUGACGCCUGGCUGCCAGUCUCUUAAACCUGCCGCCCUGACAACAUCUGGAAAGGAACAGUGGACCAUUAGCUUCAACGCCCAGCCCAGCCCUUGGCAAGUUCUAGUACACAACACAACGGUCUUUUUGAAGGAGUGUGACCUCAGGAGAUCAGGCUGCCUACCCGUGCUGCAGAGAGCCUAUAACACGCUCCAGGUAGCUGUCGCCGUCCGCCAAGGAUCGUGAGCUGAAGGACCGCUCAGUGCUUAGUGGGAGGUGGUCCUACAAAGAGCCGGACAACAGCAGGGGGGCGAAGCGCACGGAGCCUCUGGCAGGUAUCCAGUCAUGGUGAACGAGGCCAGAGGAAGUGGCAGCCCCAAGCCCCGGUCUGAGGGCAGCAGCAGUGGCGGCGAGAGUUCCAAGGACAGUUCGAGAUGUUCUACCCCCAGCCUGGACCCAGACCGGCACGAGAGACUCCGGGAGAAGAUGAGGCGCAGAAUGGAAUCUGGUGACAAGUGGUUCUCCCUGGAGUUCUUCCCUCCUCGGACUGCUGAGGGCGCUGUUAACCUCAUCGCGAGGUUUGACCGGAUGGCAGCAGGGGGCCCUCUCUUUGUGGAUGUUACCUGGCACCCAGCUGGAGACCCUGGCUCAGACAAGGAGACCUCCUCCAUGAUGAUUGCCAGCACAGCAGUAAACUACUGUGGCUUGGAAACCAUCCUGCACAUGACCUGCUGCCAGCAGCGCCCGGAGGAGAUCACAGGCCAUCUGCACAGAGCCAAGCAGCUUGGCCUGAAGAACAUAAUGGCGCUGAGGGGAGACCCUGUAGGUGACCACUGGGAAGCAGAGGAAGGAGGCUUCAGCUAUGCCACAGACCUGGUCAAGCACAUCCGGCACGAGUUUGGCGACUAUUUUGACAUCUGUGUGGCAGGCUACCCCAGAGGCCACCCGGAUGCGGAGAGCUUCGAGGACGACCUGAAGCAUUUGAAGGAGAAGGUAUCCGCGGGCGCGGACUUCAUCAUCACCCAGCUCUUCUUUGAGGCCAGCACCUUCCUCAGAUUUGUGAAGGCCUGCUCGGAGAUCGGCAUCUCUUGCCCCAUCCUGCCUGGGAUCUUCCCUAUUCAGGGCUACACCUCCCUUCGGCAGCUGGUGAAGCUGUCCAAGCUGGAGGUGCCACAGAAGAUCAAGGAUGUGAUCGAGCCGAUCAAAGACAAUGACGCUGCCAUCCGCAACUACGGCAUCGAGCUGGCUGUGAGCCUGUGCCGGGAGCUGCUGGACAGCGGCUCGGUGCCAGGCCUCCACUUCUACACCCUCAACCGCGAGGUGGCCACCAUGGAGGUGCUCAAGCAACUGGGCCUGUGGACCGAGGACCCCAGGCGUCCCCUGCCCUGGGCUGUCAGUGCGCACCCCAAGCGCCGCGAGGAAGAUGUGCGUCCCAUCUUUUGGGCCUCCAGACCAAAAAGCUACAUCUACCGCACACAGGGCUGGGAUGAGUUUCCUAACGGCCGCUGGGGUAAUUCCUCCUCGCCAGCCUUUGGGGAGCUGAAGGACUACUACCUCUUCUACCUGAAAAGCAAGUCCCCCAGGGAGGAGCUGCUGAAGAUGUGGGGUGAGGAGCUCACCAGUGAGGAGAGUGUCUUUGAAGUCUUUGAACACUACCUCUCAGGAGAGCCGAAUCGUCAUGGCUACAGAGUAACCUGCCUGCCCUGGAACGAUGAACCCCUGGCGGCGGAAACCAGCCUGAUGAAGGAGGAGCUGCUUCGCGUCAACAGGCUGGGCAUCCUCACCAUCAACUCCCAGCCCAACAUCAACGCAAAGCCGUCCUCAGACCCCAUUGUGGGCUGGGGCCCCAGUGGGGGCUAUGUCUUCCAGAAGGCCUACCUAGAGUUCUUCACCUCCCGUGAAACCGUGGAGGCUCUUCUGCAAGUGCUAAAGACAUAUGAGCUGCGCGUCAACUACCACAUCGUGGAUGUGAAGGGAGAGAACAUCACUAACGCCCCCGAGCUGCAGCCCAACGCGGUGACAUGGGGCAUCUUCCCUGGCCGAGAGAUCAUCCAGCCCACCGUGGUGGAUCCCAUCAGCUUCAUGUUCUGGAAGGACGAGGCCUUUGCCCUGUGGAUCGAGCAGUGGGGCAAGUUAUACGAGGAGGAGUCCCCGUCCCGCAUGAUCAUCCAGUACAUCCAUGACAACUACUUCCUGGUCAACCUGGUGGACAACGAGUUCCCCCUGGACAGCUGCCUGUGGCAGGUGGUGGAAGACACAUUUGAGCUGCUCAACAGGAACACCACCACAAAGACAGAGACGCAGGCCCCGUAAGCCUGCAGCCCGGUAUCUCCCUCUCCUGGGCCCUUCUCCCUCAUCUCUCCACACAGGAUAACAGCAGCUAGACUGGCAGGAAGCUGUCUGGACCUGAAAGGAGGCUGAUGCUCUCCGCUCGAGCCCAGAGCCCAUGUUCCUGCAGUGGCAAGCGUCUCCAUCCUCAUCCUCAAGGGGAGGAGACCAGAGACUGCCCAGCCACUGCACCAAGGCAGCCAGCCUCUAGGAGGUGAACUCUGACCUGGGGUCUAUGUGACACAGACAGUAGGCACUCGUACUGAAGGAGGUAGGAAGAACUGUGACAAAUGAGGGUAUAGAAACCUCUCUACUCAGUGGACUACGCACCAGGUCCCCAGAAGAGCCUGGCCUGGAGCGUAAGCCUUUCUUGCCAUCUUAGGCCAAAGAGUGCAGGAGUUCUGUCUCUUCCACGGGGCUUCAGAAGGUUGUGUCUGUUCUGUGGCUGGGAAGGAAGUGCCCCUUAGGGUUAAACGCAUUCUGUUCUCCGUGGAGGCUUGCUCUUGGCCUUGUUUUCUGUCCUCUUAAGGAGAUUGACCUGGGCAGGGCCCAGCUGUCGGUGGCUGAGUGCAGCCCCACGCCCGGCUUCCGAGCAGACUCUCCUGCCAGCUGCUGCCCUUCAGCCUAGACUGUCGCUGGCACUCCUCCCCCGUCAGCCCUCAGGCCUUGCUGCCUGGGGCAGUGACUGGCGGGCACAGAAGGCUGCUCCUGAAGCCUGGCUCCCAGCCUGCUGGUCUUGCUUGAGCCAGGGGACGGGAGAAAGCUGUCCAUAGAGCAACGUGGGUAGAGCAGGGGUGUCCCCUGCCCUUGUCUCCCAGGCCUGGGUGGCUGCAGUGGAGAGCGGCCUUGGAGAGACUGGGCAGAAGCAGCUGGGAUGAAGAGGGCCUUUUAUUGUCCAGAGCUCCGGGCGCUGACUCCUCCAACGGUGGGCCUGUCCUUCCCUCGGAGGGCUGGGCUGGGCUGGGCUCCGCUUAUUUCUCAGGACACUUCAGAGCUGCUGCUGGACCUGCUCACCCCACGCCUGCCACAUCUGAGCCACGGUCAACCGGUUCUAGGGGCACAGGCGCUGCUGGCACUUCUCGUGGGCACUGGUGCCACUUUUCAAAGGCGUGGAAGCAGAGCAGGACAGGAAAUGCCAUGUGUCGCAGGCUUCUGCAGGGCCUGUAGUUGGCCUGUCAGACGGACACCUAAGCCAUGUUCUGUGUGUCUCAGCCAGAGCCCUUUCCUAUGCCCUGGCAGCCAGCCCACCCUGUCUCCACCCAAAUAUCUAGGCUCAGAAUAGAAUGGACUUAUGACCUUGGAAGCUGUGCCCAGUGACCUGCAGGAACCAGCACGGGAGCCACUGCCACCGGCAGGCAGCCUGAUUCUCAGCUUGGGUGAAAUUGACACUGGGCUGGGCUUAAGGCCACUCACUAGCCAAGGGCUCUAAUGUCCAGGCCGUGCGUUCUGUCUCUACUGAACAAGGAUAGCCCAGGGUGGCAAGCGGGGACACCCCUGCCCUCUCCCUGGCUCAGCCUGUAGGUGGCACUGGUCUUGGAAGGCUGGCUGGGUGAGAUAAAGUGACCUGGGAAAGGACCCAGCUAUGUUCUCUCUGGUGUAGCUGUGAGCCACCUGGAGCUGAAGGGUCUUUCCUGUUCCAGGUGCCAUUGUCUCAGCUACAGAGAGAGUUGAGAAAAGACCCUCGGCCAUCCUCUCAGCCCUGGCCCCAGGGUGAAAGGGAUGUGACAAGGGGCCAUCAUCUAAGGAAUGUUAAAGAUGAAAACACCUGAGCCCAUCCCUAGGCUCUGCACGAGAUGCAGUUAGUGUCUCCAGUUAGCCAGGGAUAGACAGGGCGAAUGGGAAGUCUCCCACGGCCUCCGCUUGGUACCUGCCAGACCUAAGACACCCGCUCCACCCGUGAACAUCUACCCAGCGCUGCCACGCCAGGCUCCAGGCCUGCUGGGAAACCCAACUGCGCCACAGUGUAGGUGCCUGUCCCUGCAGGCCAAGAACACCUAACCUCUUCGAGGGCGAAGAGCAAGAGCCCCAGGCUCUGCUGUCCUGCCAGGGCUAUCCAGCCCUCCCAUGCCAGCUGAUCCUGCCCUAGCCACCUUUAGGAGCCUGGCCUUGGCCCUCGAGGGCCCUGGUCUCAAAGCUGCAGAGCUCACCUAGUCCUGUAGGGGGCAGGGGAGGCCCAUGCAGGCAGUGGCAGACAGCUGGAGGGCUGGGCAGAGGGGUCUCUAUCACCUGGAAAGGAGACUUGGGUCAGGAGAGGAUGAUAUCUUGAUUUAGAAGAACAAAAGCCUCCCUCAAGUCUCCAGGCUGAGGGCUGGCCCAUGGCACUAAAGGGAAAAGAAAGGAAUUCUUCAAAUAGCUGGGACACUCAAGAAGAGAUGGACAAGGGCAUUGUUUCAAAGGGCCCAGCUCCUUACUCAAAGCCCAGGAUGCGGUCCUCUGUAUGCCUCUUCCGUGUGGCCAUGUCAGGCUGGGCAGCACAUUCUCUAUAACGGGUGGCCAGCAGCCGGGAGACUGAAGGAACAGCAGGGGGGCAAAGAUCAACUGCAGUGGGCUCGACCCUGCUGCCUGCCUCCUGUCAGAGCAGGCUUCCACCUGUGUGCAUAAUGGGGCGCUUCACCUGACACUCAGGGGUCCCAAGACCCCCAGACGACACAAGCCACCAGGACAUGCACAGCUCCCUCUGACCAUCCUCCCUGUUGGCUGAAGGCAUCUAAGCAGAGGCUGGCUCAGUGAUAUGAUAUCUGCCCCGUGGUGGAGCUCAGGCUAGCCCUGAGAUCGACGUUGUGCUCCUGAAUCAAGCUUUAGAAUGUUGCUGAAGCCUUGCCUCUCUCUCACAUGGCCUGACUCCGAAGUCUGGGCUCCCAACUAACGCAACAUACAGAGAGGACUCCCAGCGCCGGGAAUAGCUUGCCACCACACGUGUUGCCAGGGCAAGGUUGCCCGUGGUAAAGGGCAGAACUCUGGGUACCAUUCUCAGUGUCUGCUGUGUUUCUAGAACCCUCAGUUUAUUAGCGUGUUAGCCUUCCCUUCACUAGCAAGAAGAGAAUGAAAGUGUAUAUGGUAGUGUACUAGUGAGAUUUCACGACGUCGAGGCAAGAGAACCGGAAGUGCCUCGUGAGCUUGAAGCCCCCUGGGCUGUACAAGCUGGGUCUACAGAGCCUGCAGCAGCGCACGAGACCCCACAGUGUGCUGUCACCCUGAGCCCACGCGGGGAUCCUGAAACCCAGCAAGGCUAGCCUUGCAAUUCCAUUUCAAAGGCAAAGGCACUUCGAUGGUUUAUGUUCUUUCCAAAGUUAAUCCUGUUCUCGCUGGCAAUCUGAAGCAAGACUGGCUGAUGCCACAGUGUCCUCAGGAACACGGCCUGGCCUGACAGGGACUUGGGCUGGGUCCCUGGUCGCACCUCCAGACCGCUAGGCAGAGCUGUUUGCUGCAUCUGGCAUUCGUGGUUCUCUCUUCCCUCCUCACAGACCAUCAGCCUCACUGCUGUGUCAGAGCCAAGAACUGGUCUGAAGGUGACCUUUUGGUAAAAAAAAAAAAAAAAAAGACAAAACCAAAAAACCCUACUUUCUACUUUUUCUGUAAUGAGCACAUUUCAUUUUUCCAAAAACAAUAAAACUGCUGACUCCAUAUA